AGCUUGUCAUAAAUAUCUUGUUUAUUGAGUUUUGAAGGCGGCCGUCAGGAAAAUGGUCGCUCCAUUGACUACGUACCAUCAGACAAUGCAAUGUGCUUUGAAUUAUCUCAAUAAUCUAAGUUGAAUACUAAAGAAAUGGAACUUGAUUCCUUGUGCCAACAUUGGGAUUCAACUUUGGAUAUUGACGAAGAAAAUUCUGAAACUGUCGCUGAAUCAGAACAGCACCCACGCCUUUCAUUAUAUAAAAACAAAGGUCGAGCUAUCGAUCAGGAAAGACGUUGGCGUCAAAAACUCAGCAUACUUAAAUCUAAAAAAGAACGACUAGAUCACUUCGAUCAUAAUCGCUUUUCUGUAAAUAAAGAAGAGCUCUCAAAACACCCUUGGGCAUCAACUGAAACAAAGUUAGAAAUAAAAAGUUGGCGUCGUCACUCGAAACUUUUAAUGCUAGCAGAGUGGUUUCUAUUUAUGCCUCCAAAUUUUGAAGAGGAAUAUCGGAUGAAAAUUUGUCCUAAAGGGCGCCAUGUAUUUAUCAAGGCUUCAAAAGGAAGGACUAAAGUAUACACUAGAAAUGGACGUCGACUGAUAUCCUCUGUUUCACGACUUCCAGGAGGUGGUUUAGGCCAAAGUGAUAAUAAAAACAGUUCAUACACAACUUUAUUAGAUUGCAUAUUAUACUGUCCGGAAAAGAAUAUGGAUCUCAGUGAUUUCCAAAUGGCAAAUGAAACAAAGCAAGUGACUUUCGUCUUCUACGUAGUUGACAUCAUUUUUAUGAGAUCGACAGAUUAUGUCAAUCUACCUUUUUAUGAACGAUCCCAAUGGUUAGAAAAUUAUCUCAAGCAACAAAUAGAGGAGUAUAAUGAAAGUGAUCCCGUUGCUUUUCACAUUCUGCCGUCAUAUGAAUGUGAUGUAGGAUCAAUGCAAGACGCAUUCUCGUCAAUCCCGUCAUACGAGAUUGAUGGUGUUCUGUUUUACCACAAAGAUGUUAAUUACGAACCUGGAGCAACUCCUCUUGUUAGUUGGUUGAAACCAUAUAUGUUACCGGAAUGGUUCCCCGAUAUCAAUUAUCAUUCAGAUUUCAUGAAAGAUAUUCCUGACGAUUAUACUGGCUAUAUUAAUGGAAUACAACAAUAUGAAGCUAAAAUGUCUUCGAAAUCAUUGCAUUCCGUCAUCGAGCAAACAACUGAAUAGAUCUACGUAAUAACUUGCCAUCACUCUUAAGAGGUGAAUGACACUGGCUUUUUUGCAUAAGGAUCAUCGUAGUACCUUGUCGGUUCGUGGUUUUCUUCACUUGCAUGAAAACAACUACCACAUAUUGAAACCUUUCAUACUCACAUAUCCAAGUGUACUUUUUCUCUAGAUUAUCCGUACAAUAAUUUCCCUUAUUCAAUAAUCAGAUAGUGUGAAUUAACAAAUACCCUGAGUUUGUUCAGCAAGGCCAACCGUUAAUAAGGUUUUGUAAUGCGCACAUAAUUGUAUAAAAACUCAAAUGUAACUGGACUCAUAAAUACACAAGCUUCAUCUGUUACCUUGUCUCAAAUAUCUUAUUUCAAUAGAUCUACUGCCAGCG